CGCCUCAAACCAAAGGAAGAAGAAGAGAACAAGGAGGAAGAAGAAGACGAAGAGGACAAGGAGGAAGAAGAGCACUACACUGUUACACAAACUGUUCAGACUCAGCUCAGAUAGAGACAGAGACAGCAGCUGGUCAGAUGGUCAGAGAACUUUCUGCUCAUUAGUUUUCAGUCUGAGACAGUGCUGGAUUGAGGUGUUUACUGUCUGAGAGGGAAGUCUGUGAAAAUGUCCAGCGUUAAAGAGGAGUGUGAAGAUGUCAGUGUGAUGGAGGCGACUGGACUGAAGACUGAAGACCAGCAGAUGGACAGAGAAGAAGUGCUACGAGAAGACAUCAAAGAGGAACAUGAACCAGAACUGACUCUGUUUCAGGAGGAAUAUAUUUCACAGGGAUCUCACCAAAACACCGAGCCUGGGAACAACGUCAGUAAUUCCUUCCACCACAAAGAUCACCCGAGAAUCCAUACUGGAAAAGAAGCUUUCAGCUGUUCCCAGUGUGGGAAGAGCUUCACCUCUGCGAAAGCUCUGAAACGCCACAUGGGCGUCCAUGACGGAACAAAACCUCACCAGUGCCCUCAGUGUGAGUGGAGUUUCAAACGAUUCCCGGAUUUGAAACGGCAUGAGAAAACUCACACCGGAGAAAAGGCUUUCCCUUGCUCUCAGUGUGGAACGCGCUUCUCCUUACCAAGAUUCCUUAAAACCCACAUGUUGAUUCAUGACGGAGAAACGCCGUUCACCUGCUCGCAGUGCGGAAAAUGUUUCUCGGCUCCAAGCCAUCUUGAAAAACAUGCAAAAAUUCAUACUGGAGAAAAGCCGUUUACCUGCUCUGAGUGUGGAAAACACUUUAGACAAUCCUGCAGCCUUAAAAUUCACAUGAUGAUUCAUACUGGAGAGAAACCAUAUACCUGCUCUGAGUGCGGAAAAGGCUUCUCAGUGCCAAGCCAUCUCAAAAAACAUGCAAAGGUUCACACUGGAGAGAAGCCGUUCGCUUGCUCUGUAUGCGGAAAACGUUUUACAAAAGCAUGCAGCCUCAAAACCCACAUAAUGAUUCAUACUGGUGAAACGCCGUUCUUCUGCUCAGAGUGUGGAAGAGGCUUUCCAACUCCGUCUGGCCUGAAAAGCCACCUAAAGAUUCACACUGGAGAAAAGCCUUAUACCUGUACUGUGUGUGGGAAGAGUUUUUCAGCAUUGCAUAUUCUUGUAAACCACAUGAGGAUUCACACUGGAGAAAGGCCUUUUAUCUGCUCUCACUGUGGAAAAUGCUUUAAGCAAGUUAGCACUCUAAAUAAACAUAAGAAGAGAUUUCACGAAACUGGGUGUGUGCUGUUCUCUGUGUGUGAGAUGCAGCAGUUUAACUGCGCUGUUAGUAUAAAACCUCACACUGUGGGCCUUCAGCUCAGACUGAGAGAGGUCAGAUGGUCAGAGAACUUUCUCCUCAUUAGUUUUCAUUCUGAGACAGUUUGCUCUCUGGGAGGGAAAUCUGUGAAAAUGUCCAGCAUUAAAGAGGAGUGUGAGGACAUCGGUGUGAUGGAGGUGACUGAACUGAAGACUGAAGACCAGCAGAUGGACAAAGGAAAGGUUCCUGCUGGAGAUGUGAGAAAAGCAGCUGAGCUGAAGAUUGAAGCAGAGCAAAAAGAGAUUUUACAACACAACAUUAAAGAGGAGCACAAACCAGAAGUGAAGCCUUUUCAGGAAGAAUGUAGUUCACAUAAUUCUCAUCAAAGUCCAGGAAGAAGCCUCAGCGAUUCCUCCUCCCACCAGAAAGAUCACCCGAGAAUUUGUGGAGAAGAUGUCUUAAGCUGUUCACAGUGCAGGAAGAUUUUCAUUUCCAAGCAGGCUCUGAAAGCCCACAUGGGAGUCCACGAAGGAAUGAAGCAUCAUCAGUGCUCUCAGUGCGCCUCCAGGUUCUCACGCUUAUCAGACUUAAAACGACAUGAAAAAAUUCACACCGGAGAGAAGCUCUUCAGCUGCUCGCACUGCGGAAAGAGUUUCAGGAAAUCCAGUCACCUUAAAUCCCACACGAUGAUUCACACUGGAGAAAAGCCGUUUAAGUGCUCUGAGUGCGGAAAAGGUUUCCUACAGAAGAGCCACCUCAAAGCCCACAUGCUGAUUCAUGCUGGAAAAAGCCCGUUUGCCUGCACUCAGUGUGAGAAGAGCUUCUGCACUGCCAGAGGUCUUGUGUAUCACAUGUACAAACACACAGGGCACAGGCCUCACCAGUGCCCUCAGUGCGGGAAGAGCUUCAUACGAAUCUCAGACUUAAAGCUACAUCAAAAAAUUCAUACUGGAGAAAAGCCUUUUAGCUGCUCUCAGUGCGGGAAGACGUUUGCUAGAUUAUGCGCCCAGACAGUCCACAUGAGGGUUCAUACGGGAGAACGACCUUUCAGUUGCUCUCAGUGUGGAAAAAGCUUCAAGCAGUUAACUCAUCUAACAGCACAUCAGAGGAGAAUCCACAAAACCGUCUAACUGAUGGAUUAAGAGUUCUAAAUAUGAAGCAGAUAAAACGAUUACAGAGAUUCUUCCUGCUGCUGUUAUUACUGUACAUGAUGGUACCUCUUUAUUCGCUAAUGUGAACAACAUUGCCACCCAAAUGUGUCCAUAAAGAUUCCUUUUAGGGUCGAUACACAGAUGAGAAGGUGACAACUGACAAGUUAUUCAUAUAGUAUAAACUCUAAUGCCAAACUUUCUAUUUUUAAUAAGAGCAAAACUGUCAUGCUGUUGUCAAGUGAUUUUCUGGAUGUUGGUGUGUUUGUUUACCCAUCUCCAAGCCUCUCCUCAAGGAAGCCCAGUAUUAUAUGUAGUUAA